AUGCUUGCAAAAUGGCAAUUUGACGAAGGGUUAGUAGAUACACGAAUUUUAAGAUGGACUCUCGAAAAUCUAGAUAAGUCUGAUCCUUUGCAUGCAGCCAUCUGGUUAUGGUUUAUACAGCAAUUCCUGGCCGAAUAUCAACGUUCUCGAACUCUGAUGAGAUUGUUAAUCGAAACGAUAUUAAAAAAAUUACAAGAUAUAAUUCAGAAUCCUGUUUUAGCCACAAAACUUGAUUUCGUCGUGAAAAUGUUAAAGAAUAUGCUUCAAACUCUUUUCCUUGCUACUCCAGAUAUGUUUGUGUUUCCAGUUUGUUGGAAUACAUACAAAGAUUUAUUACAGACCGUUCUUGUUGAAGAGAGUCCAAUUAAAUUUGAAGCAAUUCUAUCAAAGAAUAUGAAACGUCAGAGGGAACGAUAUUAUGAAUUGAUACGUGUCAGAAACGAAGUAUUUGAUGAACAAAAAACAGAUUGUAUCAGAAAACGAAGCGAAAAAGAAAUAAAAGAUCUUAAAAUGAUCAAUCUUUUAGAUAAAAUUGGAACGAAUACUGACUACCAGAGUUUCGUUGCAGAAUAUUUCUGUACAAAUAGCAAGUUUCAAAUGCUAGAAGCCGAAUUCAAUGCACGUAUUGAUAUAUUAUGUCAAUGGGCUGUAACCAUUCAUCGAACAGGAGAAUAUCGCGCUUAUUUAGUAUGUACAAUACUGGAUAUCUGGAAAAAUCUCGUGAUAAGUGAAGAAGACAAGUUUCAACGCCUAAAAUCAAUUCAAAAUUCAUUGAUGGAAUUCUUAGAUACCUAUCCAUUAGGAAAUAACGGUAUUCAUGAAUCUGAAGAAUCAGAAAUUAUAUCACACCUUUUUGGUGAACUUAUUCGUAAUAAGCUUUUCUCUCAUCCUCGUUAUUUGCAGCGACUAAUCGCAAGAGGCGAUGUACAUCCCGAGAGAAGAAAUGAGGAGAGGUCAAUGCGUCACUUUAAAUAUAUAAAAUCUUUCCCACUUUAUGAUGCAGAGGAGCAUCAUUUAAAUCAAAGAAGAUAUGUUUUAUAUGGAAUUCAUGGCAACGAUAAUUCUGAUAAAUACGAAUACGAAACAUUAAUCAAUAAAAUAAAAACCAAAUUACCGUACAUGUUUUCAGAAUCUUCUAAUGAAUUAGACGAACCGAUAAAAGAUAAUCCGAUUUCCAACUUUCAUCUUUCCUUAAAUUUUGAUCGGGAGAGUUCUAAUUUCAUAAUGAAUGCAACCAAAUUCUCUCAAACAAAUGUAAUACAAAAGUGGUUGUUACCAUCUAUUAAAUCAUUUAUACAAAAUACUCCAAUUGAUACACAUAAUUGGCAUAUUCCAACUUAUCCUGGAGCAUCAUUAUUAAAUGCUCGCCAAUUAUCUACAAUAAUUCAAGUAAUUGAAUUGUUUAAAGAUUAUAGUUCAUUACUUGAGAUCUUAUCAUGGAAUCUUGAAAAUUCGAUGGAAAAAAGUAUAUUCCAAUUAAUAAUCGAUACACUUAAACGGCAUGAGAAAGUCUGGAAAGCCAUGGGUAAAUCUGAGCAAGUAUUCGAGGUCCUAAUGAGAAAGAAUGAUUUACUUCGUGAUAAAAGAUCAAUUGAAUUAUGUAUUGUUAAAUACUUGCUCAACUCAUUGCAUGGAAAUGAUAAUGAGAAAAGAACGAAGUUAGAACAUGACUUGCAAUCUAUUAAGAAGUCCCCAUUAUCACAAGCAAUAGCGCGUCACCGUACACGAUUCCCGAAUACUAUUGAUUCUAUGAUUGGCUCAUCUCCUUAUUUCAAAGCAAUAAAUAUUGAUUCUCGUAUGGAUGCUACACAAUUAUAUUUCAUGUUUGAAUGUUGUACACAGUCCAUAAGUCAAUAUUCCGAGAACUAUCCUGAUGAUGAUAUUGCAGAGAUAAGACGCAUAUUGAGUAUCUUUGGUGAUUUACUUCGGGAUAUUAGUGACAGAACGGAUGGAUUUGAUUGUUUCUUUAAAAAAUGGUUGAAAAAUUAUAUUCACACCGAAGAUAAAAAUGUUCUAAGAAAUAAUGAUUCCGCGUGGUUUUUGAUUUUAUUUGUUAUACUUAUUGUACGCCAUCUUGUUAGCAUGGAUAUUAUACUAGAACAUCUUUGUAAUACGAGUUUGAACAGGAUUUUAGAAAAAAUAACAUCCCAUAAACGAUUAGAUCAAAAAGAAUUGCUUGAAUGUAAAAAUUUGGCAAUUCUUGUUAGAUUAUUGCUUAUUCAAGAUGGUGGAGAAAGUCCUUGCUCGGAAAUAGUCCUGAGCAUUACAGAUGUGCAAGUCCUCCAACAUUAUUGUGAAACGUUGUCGCAGAAUAAUGACUUCGCUAGAAUAUUAUCAGGAAUAUUCCAAAAAUUUGCCGUUUUUGAACUUUCAAUUGAUCCCAAUAAUUCAUUAGUGAGCACUUUACAACAAUUAAGAUCAGACUUUCCAAAUGUUUAUUGGUUUAAACAAAUGUGUUCGGUUAAUAUUGAGAAUAUAUAUCAUUACUUUGUCAAAGAUUCCAAGAAAUUAUUCAAGGUAGAAAAAUACAUUAUUGAAAUGAUCCAGACAACUCUAGGAGAUGACAAUAAUUCUUUGGAUAAUGAAUGUGAUAAAUUAACCCCAUAUCUAAAGAUUAUUCCUACACCAAUUAACCUAUGGAAUUUUCAGAAAAGACGAAUUAAUCUUUGGUUGUAUAUGGAUAAAAUUAUGUUAACAAACAAUUCCUCGAAAAAUGAAGUUAUUGAAUUUUUCUGGAAAGAAUUAAUAUUAAAUUCAAAGCAAGAUAGUUAUGUCAUAGCAUAUCUAAUUCGUGGUAUGCGAGAUGAUGUCGUUACAGAAUUAUUCGAAUAUGGAAUGUCCGUAUUAAAACGAUGCACGGAUUUAGUUGUCGGCAUAGAAGAAAUAUUUAGAGCACUAUUGAUUCCUUUAGGCGAUGAGAAAAAGUUGGAAUUUUGCCAAGAAUUAUACAAGCAAGUAAAAAAGAUUUUAGACGAAUCUAUAAAUCAAGAAAAUGAAGAUAUUUGUGUGUCUGGCAUAUUGUCACGUAUCAAGUUAUUGGUACUUGGAACAUAUGUAUUGACGGGCCGUGUGUCAACUGUUUUUGCAUCAAAGAAUCAAGAUGUAGCACUAAGAAGCAAAGAAUAUACGCUUAUAGUUUACUGGAUUGUAAUUUUGGUUAAACUUCUUUGUGACAAGCGAAUUCAUCUUGAUGGAGGAGGAGCAGCUAAUUUUGAUUUGAUAUUAGAUCUUGUUUGUUUCUUGCUAGAUGAGAUUGGAAGAAAUGCCCGUUUAGUUGUAGUUGCUGAAUUACGGAAAAAUCACUUUAAUAUUCCCACAAUUUGGAGCAAUCGAAUCAAACGUGUCCUUCCCCUUUCGGUUCUUCCUGAGCGCGUUGGAGAACACACAAUCGAUCCAUGGCUUAAAAUUGAGAGUUUAGGAGAACGUGGAGAUAUAAAUAGUUCUCCAAUUGAUUUAUCAUGGUAUAACGCGAAAGCAUAUCCUAGGCCGACCAAAAGAUUAAAAAGGUCCGAUAACCAUGAAAGUUAG